GCGGGCUUGUGGAAACGAGUAGGUGACGUCAGUUCGCCUGUUGGCAGAGAGCGAAACAAACAUGGCGAUGGAUUCGAGUGGCUGGGGAUUUACGUUAACUUUAUUCGUGUUUUCAUACGUUUUUGCGACGAGGCUGGUUGAAGCUUCGGUUUCAGACUCGAGGGAAACCACGCGGAUACUCGGCAUGAGGCUAGAGAAGAGCGACAAGCCAGCCGAGACCACCGAAAGGGGAGAUAUUCAGGUGACCGAGGGGAGCGACAUCUCCUUAAGGGUCUACGGGCUCCACUUGUUCCCCAACAGCUCGGAUAUCAUCGGGUUCGGUAAACUGUUCGUCAGUAAUAAAGAAGAUGAUGAUUUCUCAGAUAAAUGGUUAAACAGGACUUGUCCCAAAGAUCAGAAUGAUAUUGAUGUUAGGGGACCCAUGAAGGUAAACGACGAAAACACCUCAGGGACAGUCUCCCUCAGCAUCAAGCAGCUCCGUAAGAAUGAGAUGGUGAAAGUGUUCGGCUUGUGCGUCCUGGACGCCCGGGAUCAGAAGUGGUACCUGAUGGACGAAGAAGACGGCAGGCUGCGCGUGGUGGAAGCGAAGAAGUCCCUCCUGCCCAUCUGGCUGCAGAUUAUCCUCAUCUGCUUCCUGCUGGUGCUGUCCGGUAUGUUCAGCGGGCUCAACCUGGGACUGAUGGCGCUGGAUCCGAUGGAAUUGCGCAUCGUGCAGAACUGCGGCACAGAGAAGGAGAAGAAGUACGCGCGGAAGAUCGAGCCCAUUCGUAGGAAGGGCAACUACCUGUUGUGCUCACUGCUGCUCGGUAAUGUCCUGGUCAACACUACGCUCACCAUCCUCCUGGACGACCUCACCAAGUCCGGGGUCGGAGCAGUCGUCGCCUCCACUGUCGGCAUCGUAAUAUUUGGCGAGAUUGUCCCCCAGGCUCUUUGCUCCCGACACGGAUUAGCAGUCGGGGCGAACACCAUCGUCCUCACCAAGCUGUUCAUGCUGUUGACUUUCCCUCUGUCCUGGCCCAUUAGCAAACUCCUCGACUGCGUGCUGGGCCAGGAGAUCGGCACCGUGUACAACAGAGAGAAGCUAGUGGAGAUGUUAAAAGUCACCGAGCCCUACAAUGACCUGGUGAAAGAGGAGCUGAACAUGAUCCAAGGAGCGCUGGAGCUCCGGACUAAAACAGUGGAGGAUGUCAUGACGCCAAUCAACAACUGCUUCAUGAUCCACAGCGACGCUGUGUUGGACUUCAACACCAUGUCCGAGAUCAUGGAGAGCGGCUACACCAGGAUACCCGUGUACGAAGACGAGCGCUCCAACAUCGUGGACAUCCUCUUCGUCAAGGAUCUGGCCUUCGUGGACCCAGACGACUGCACCACCUUGAAGACCAUCACCAAAUUCUACAACCAUCCGGUCCACUUCGUCUUCCACGACACCAAGCUGGACGCCAUGCUGGAGGAGUUCAAAAAAGGAAAAUCCCACCUGGCCAUUGUCCAGAAGGUGAACAACGAGGGGGAAGGAGAUCCUUUCUACGAAGUGUUGGGGUUGGUCACCCUGGAAGACGUCAUAGAGGAGAUUAUCAAAUCAGAAAUUCUGGAUGAAUCCGACCUUUACACUGAUAAUCGCACGAGGAAAAAGGUGGCACCCAACAAAAACAAGAGAGACUUCUCUGCCUUUAAACAUGAGAGUGAAUCUAAGGUGAAGAUCUCUCCUCAGCUGCUGCUGGCUGCCCAUCGUUUCCUGGCUACAGAGGUGAGCUUGUUCAACCCAUCUCAGAUUUCAGACAAGGUGCUGCUGCGAAUCCUGCGUCACCCCGAUGUGAUCCAGGAGAUCAAGUUCAAUGAGAACGAUAAGCGGUCGUCCCAUCACUACAUCUACCAAAGGGGCAAGCCGGUCGACUACUUCAUUCUCAUCCUGCAGGGUCGAGUGGAGGUGGAGGCUGGAAAUGAGAACAUGAAGUUUGAGACCGGACCUUUCUCAUACUAUGGUAUCAUGGCACUCAGUGCUCCCACACUGGUGGCUGCACAUCGUCCUCGUCGCCUCUCCUUUAAGAGGUUUUCUCUGUUCUCUCGGUUGCCAGAGUUUCGUUCACCAUCCCAUAUCAGCGGCUUGAACCGAACAGCCUCGAUGAGCGGAGCCGACCGGAUGGAGUCACUUUCGGUCAGCGGCAGCAACAGUCAGCUCAACAACAGCAUCCCCAUGCAGCAGUACAUACCAGACUUCUACGUCCGAGCCCUCACUGACCUACAGUUUGCCAAGAUCACACGAGCUCAGUACCAGAACGGCCUGAUGGCAUCUCGCCUGGACAGCACGCCGCAGUCCCCCGAGAGCAGCCACAACACUAUUCGUAUGGAUCAGACGCCUCCCACCACCAUCGGUAACACCACCAUUACGGACCUGGGAGCAGACUCCACCCCUACGGAGAACGGCCCGGACGAGACGACGCUUCUCCUCCUCAAUGAGCAGAACUCGCCACACACAGGCAACCACCACAGCCAGGUGGAGAACAGAAUCUGACAGCCUCCACUGGUACCAGCCCUCCAUACUCCUACAUUGGCCCACGUGCACUACUACGCCCGGUUGUAUGCCGAGGAGGGGAGGAUUGUGUGUGAGUGUGCGUGUUUGUGUGAGUGGGAAUGCAGGCACAAGCUGAUGAGGCCCAAAGAGUCAAGCCACGUUCAUACUGUGUAAAUAUGCAAAGAUUAAACACACACACACACAAUCGUGCACACACACAGAGCAAACACACACUGAUGAGCCAAAACAUUUUGACUGUGCUUAAAGGAUGAACAGGAUAUUUACGGCCAUAAUGUUUGGGCUCAUCGGUGUACACACACAUACCAAAGUCUCCACACCUCUACCGAUCGAUGGAACUAGUAUCGCGUCAGUGUUUGCACAUGCCUCUUGAUCUGAAGGACCUGUUUGUCUGGACCAGAAAGCUCCUCCAUUUCUCGUUCAGAGGUGUUACCGAUUAUUUAAGUGUGUGUGGUGUAGUGUGUGUGAGAAAGAGUGUGCGUUGCUUCUAAAUCACUGUCCCUAAUCAGAGACUCAGGGAGACUCCGCCCUCCUCCUCAUUUCCGGAUGUACGUAAAAGCAAGUGUGGUCGAAAGCCCCAAACCAGCCCAUCGCCGCAUGUGUAGCAACCUGCAUCCCCCUCCUCCAUACAGCUAGAGGACAAAGACAACCCGAGCAUGUCUGCGGAGUUCACACAAAGUAAUACGUGUACCAUAGAAAUUUAUAGUGAGAUAUUUAUUGGGGAGAUAUUGUGGUUAAAUGAGGAUGGGGAUGGGGUGGAUUUCUAUCUAUAGAGAUAUAUUUUCUCUUCCUUGUUUCCUGCAUAGAAACAGCUGGUAGCCCAGAGCCUUUAUCCCAGAGUUGUUAAGAGAUUUGCCGCUGAUAGACCACCAGUCUGUAUUGUGAACAAGACAAUCAACAUGAAUAUUUUGAAUGUGUUAAAUUAAAUAUGUAGGGUACGUUAACUGUGGCUGCCCUGCUCUCCAAAUGCCAUAUCUGUGUCACCUUUAAUUCUGUUCCUCUGAGGACAGACGUGGAGUUUCUAGAUGGGUUGCAGAGACGAAGGCGUUCGAGAGCAAAGAAUCCUUUCCUACUUUUUUUUGGGUUUUUUUGUUUUGUUUUGUUUCUAAAGACGAUGGGUAGUCUGUGUCUGUGCGUGAGUUUGCGUGUACGAGACCAAAGCUGGCCAUCAUCUGACUUGUUGGGAGCAGAAACCAAAAGUGAGAAGCUUGAUCACCUCCUGACUGGAAAAUACUUUAAGAAAUCUGAGAGUUUAUUUAUUGAGUUUAAUGUCUGUGUAUGCGUGUAUAUAUUCCUGUUGAUUUGAAGGGGAGAAAAUGCAAUUUUAUUUCACCGUUUUGGGAGAUUUUACAUGUUAAAAUGUUUCUUUCCAUUCAGUGAUUAUGUUCGGGUUUGCUUUUUGUUUUUAAUGUAGGAAAAGGGGGUCACUCUAACAUAGUUUUUGUAUUUGUGUCUCCAAAUGCAACAUUAGCCACAUUCUGUCCGGUUUUUUUGUUUGUUUGUGUGUUUUUUGGUUAUAUUUUACCAGUUAUAUUUUACUGUACGCUCAGACAACGUCUUAAAGAAGAAUCUGAAAAUCUGUUUUCUGGUGGAUUUUUCUUUCCCUGAACUCUAACAGGAGCACAACCGUGUUUCGUGGGUAUUUCUUUAUUUUGUGAUACUCUGCUGCUUUUAAGACACCCGUUGUAGAAUUUUAUUUACACACUAACAACUACAUGUAACAGAUGUUCACUUUUUGGUACUUUUUAUUAGGCUAUACUUAAAAGAUGGUCAUAGCCUUUAGGUUUGAAACAUAAGCCCAAUGUGGAAGUGCCUUAAUCCUGUGUUCUUUCUAAUGGCCAGCAGGGGUGACUUCUCUGGUUGCAAAGAAAAUAUAAUUAUAUAAAAGUUUAUGAGGAAAUAAAUCUACUUUAAGACCACAGCAAAAAGGUUCCUUUUGAGUUUGCAGUCUGAAUUGCAAGUUUUUUAUUUAGUAUAAUUUGAUGUUUGUUUAGUAAAACAAGGUCCCAAUUAGAGUAAAAUUGUGAAUGCAUUAGCUCAUGGCUGUCUUUUGAUAAACAGGUUGGCAGUCCUUGGGCUCGCAGUUCCUCCAGUUGUCAACAGUAAAAAUAAAUGCACAACUUCAUUGAAGAUGAAGAUGAUAUAAAGUUUAUGGUUGCACCGCCUUUACUUUUUCUGUCAUCUUUGAGUAGCAAAGAUUUUUUUACAAGCAACAAGUUUCCAGCUUUGCUCUAAAAGAUGUGACCAAGUCUUCUGGGAUAUGCAGGACACCAGGAGUAUGAUACGAAGCAAGCGAAAGGAAAGAUGAUCACAAGCUGGUGUUAAAAAAAUUGAUUUUUCCUUUUAUUGUUGCGGUUUUUGAGAUCGGGAGCAUUAACAUAACACCCAGCAGCAAAAAUGAUUUUGAAAUUUGAAGAAAUUAGUAUUACUACAUCUACUACUACUUGUUUUCUGGAUGAGGAAAUCUGAAACCAAAAGCAUUUCCGUUAUUGUGGAAUUUCCUAUCUUGUUGAAGUGAGAUGUCAAUGAAAAUGAGUUUCAGCAGUGGUGGGAAAGGCCAGAGAGGUCAGUAAAUUUCCAAAACUUCAGCAAGUGCAACACAUGAUUAGAAUUUUAGUGUCUUUAGAAAAUAAACAUUUUUGACGUAGUUACAUGUAGUUGACUUAAUGUUGUUUCACAAAUUAUUAUUAUUUUAUUUCUUUCACCAAAUACAAAAGUGAUCCUCUAACAUUUCAAUGUUAGAUGAUGCAUUUUAUGUCUCAGUUGGCAAACCUACAACUUUUUGCACCAAACCAGGUGCUUUGUGAGUGUGACUUGUAUAUUUGAAUCAUUUAUUUGGCAGGUUUAAUUGCAUGUUACUGCCUACCAAAGACUAAAGUACAGCACUGAUGCUGCUUAUAAAGAGGCUGUGGCUGUUGGCUGGCAUCUUCUGUGCAAAUAUUGCAGCUAAACAGUUUUGGGGAAAUGCAUUUCAAGCAGGCUGUGAAUGUAUUUGAGCACAUGGAAAUAUAUUUAGAAGGAAAAAAAGUGCUGCUUGAAUGAGAUUUUUCAUCUCUUUUUCACACUUAAAAUGCCACUAGAUAACGCUAAUGGGAAGGAUUGUCAAUAAAUGGUAACUGAAGUCAUCUAUUUAAUUAUUCAUCAAUCAACUAUCCAGGUUAGUUGACACCAAUUUAAAUCAAAUAUUGAAAGAAAACCAGCAGCCUCUCCAACGCUUUAAUGACAAGCCCCAGUGAGUAAACACUAGUUCUACUUUUGAAUCUGCAUUAGCUUCAUGUGCUCAUGUUUUACUCCGUUUCCAAGAAAUGUUUGUAUUUCUUGUCUUUUAGGCAAAAAGUAAGAAUUUUGCAAGUGACAAAGAUUCAAAGAGUCCAUGGUUUUUGUGGUCUAAAAACAGAAGCAGCACACAACACACAGUUGUGUCACAAUGCUGCUGGUAACCCAAAUUUCAUAAUCAUAUUAUCACUGACUUCAUCAAGUGACUGCAAUAAUUUCACUCCCCUGUCCACACAGAAGCUAAAGGACUUUCUCACUGCUGUGUUGGCUUCACUACUUUUUAAUGACUGUACUUUUUUGUGUGUUCAUUCCUGUUUUUCCUUUUUCUUCCUUGUUUUUUUUACUUAAACACCACAGAGACACACGCAAACACACACUCCUAUUUCAAAGGACUGUAUUUUUUUCCAUGUUCAUGUUGGAGUGGCCCCCCAUCCCACAACCCCUGCUUUAAAUUGUUCUGGGUUUGGGUUUAUUAUGGUGCACGUGAAUGUGUUUGUCAGUGCCUAUAUAAUGUGUGUGUGUGGGGGGGGGUGUUUUCUUUUUUUGUACCUCAGAACACUGUUAGUGAUUGUGGUAAUAAUUUUUUUUUAUUUUUUUUAUUUUUUAUUUUUUUGUCUCGAGUUAAAUUUGGGAACAGAGCAAAUGGAGCGACUGGCAUUUGGGAAAAAAUACUGAUUGUCCUUCAUUCUCUCUGGCAUGCUUUAACUUAAAUAUAAAUAGACACAAGGUGUAAAUACUGUUUUAUAAUUUCUGUCUUAAUGAGUUUUGAAAAUGAAGAAAGUUAUUAAUAAACCUGAGAUAUAUUUCUCUACA